GUGAAUUGAUUUUUUUUAGAGAGUUUCGCUGAGGCUGAAUGUAGUGUUUAAAUUUUCUUUGAGUUUCGCUGACCUAUUUAUGGCUAUUUGGCUUUCAUUUUACAAUUCUAGUUUACUAUUUACCAACGCUCUAAGUGAAUAAAACUAAAACUUAACUUAUACUGACAGUAAAAUGUAAAUGCACAAAAUGCAAACGGAAAAUUUCAAUUUUUAUAAGUGUAUAAACUAUAUAAUAGUAUAAAUUUAUGUGUAAUUUUUUAAGUGUUACUUCUAACUACUUGUACUAUUAGUCAUUAACUCCUUUAUUAGAUAUUCUUUGCUGUUAUUAUUAUUAUUCGAUUGAAUAACCCUAAUAAAUGUUAUGUAUAAUGUAUGUAAGCUCUUAUUAGUCUUAUGUUUCUUGUAGUUUUACUAGUUUAUUUAUGUACUAGAAAUAUGGCACAAAUAAAAAUUGGAAGUACAUAAUGCAAAUACCACCAACAAUUCAUACAUAUUAAUGUAGCAAUUGCUUAUUUAUUUGUAUCACAAUUUGUCAUGGAGAGAAUCAUACACUUUGAUUUCAAAGGGGCACCUCUGAAGAUAUCCUAUUUAGAAAAGGUUCUGAAUUGCAUAAAAACAUGGGGAGCAACUGGUAUACUUAUAGAAUGGGAAGAUACAUUCCCAUACAAAUCAGAAUUGGUGAAUUUUGGGAGUAUAAAAGGCUGUGGUGGGGAUGGAAUGUAUACUUUAAAGGAGGUUCAGCACAUCAUGAAAUUUGCUAAAACUAUAGGCCUAGAAGUUAUACAACUAGUACAAACAAUUGGUCACAUGGAGUUUGUGCUCAAACAUCCACAAUGUGCAAAUCUCAGAGAAUCAGUGAAAUCACCAUCGGUAGUGUGCCCAUCUAAACCGGACUCAUUCAAACUUGUUUGUAGUUUGGUGCAACAGACACUAGAUGCUCAGCCAGAUGCUAAAUAUAUACAUAUCGGAGCUGAUGAGGUCUGGUACACGGGAGUGUGUAAGGAUUGUAAGCACAAGGCAGCGAGUCACAAAUACAAGACCGCCGCGCUUUUCUUAGAGCACAUUCAAAAAGUUGUCUUGUUUAUAAAGCAGCAGAGGCCAGAAUUGGUUGUGUUGCUGUGGGAUGAUAUGUUAAGGCCUAUUUCUGUUGAAAUAUUACAAGCGUACAAUUUAGGUGAACUUGUGGAACCUGUGAUUUGGAACUACAGUCCUAUAGAAUCGUUUCAAAUUGAGAGCUCAUUGUGGGUCACAUAUAGCAAGAUAUUCCAACGUGUAUGGGCUGGAUCUGCUUUUAAGGGCGCCAAUGGAAGUAGUCAGGUGCUAUCACCGGUGACCCGUUACGUGAGCAACCAACAGGCGUGGCGUCGGCAGAUGGCUGUUGUCGAAGAUAUUACUUUUGCCGGUGUCGUACUCACAGGAUGGUCUAGAUACGAACAUUACGCGACAUUGUGCGAAUUGUUACCCGUGUCUCUGUUCUUAUACUUUUUAAUAACCUGA